GUCCGCUCUUUAUCUCAGAGUCUGGCCUGUUUACCUGCCGGAAGCCUGGAGGGGGAUAGUAAGAGUGAGAGAAGCAUUUUACAGCCCGGUGUUAGUGCCUUAAUAAAGGAGGAAUGGCGGCCAACAUGUACAGAGUGGGGGAUUACGUUUACUUUGAGAACUCGUCCAGUAAUCCGUACCUGAUCCGCCGGAUAGAGGAACUCAACAAGACCGCCAACGGCAAUGUGGAAGCCAAGGUUCUCUGCCUGUUCCGGAGGAGGGACCUGUCCGGAGCUCUUAACAACCUGGCAGACAACGGCGCCAGGGAGUUUGAAGAGGAGACACAGCAGCCCUCACUGUCCGAGGCCCAGAAGCAUCAGCUGAAGCACAGAGAGAUCUUCCUGUCCAGGCAGUUUGAGUCCCUCCCUGCCACGCACAUCCGGGGAAAGUGUAAUGUGACCCUCCUGAAUGAAACGGAUCUGCUAGGAGGUUAUCUGGAGAAGGAGGACUGCUUUUACUACUCGCUGGUGUUUGACCCCAUGGAGAAGACGUUGCUGGCGGACCAGGGAGAGAUCCGGGUCGGCAUGCGGUACCAGGCGGAGAUCCCGGACAAGCUGGCGGAAGGGGCGUCAGACGGCCGCAUGCUGGAGAAGCUGGAGACCAUGGUGUGGGACCCUGACAAUCAGCUGAAGGACCCUGAGAUCGACCAGUUCCUGGUGGUGGCCCGGGCCAUAGGGACCUUCGCUCGUGCCCUGGACUGUAGCAGCUCCAUCCGGCAGCCCAGCCUGCACAUGAGCGCAGCUGCCGCCUCCAGGGACAUCACGCUGUUCCACGCCAUGGACACGCUGCAGAGGAGUGGGUAUGACCUGGCCCAGGCCAUGUGCACGCUGGUGCCGAGGGGGGGCCCCGUGCUCUGCCGGGACGAGAUGGAGGAAUGGAGCGCGUCGGAGGCCGUGCUCUUCGAGGACGCGCUGGAGAAGUACGGCAAGGACUUCAUGGACAUCCGGCAGGACUUUCUGCCCUGGAAGUCGCUGGCCAGCAUUGUGCAGUUCUACUACAUGUGGAAGACUACCGACCGCUACAUCCAGCAGAAAAGGCUCAAGGCAGCGGAAGCAGACAGCAAGCUGAAGCAGGUCUACAUCCCCACCUACACCAAGCCCAACCCCAACCAGAUCCUGGUUCCCGGCAGUAAACCGGGAUCAAACGGGACCACGGGGUUCCUGAAGACGCACAGCUGCGAGAGCUGCCACUCUGUCCACUCGCAGCAGUGGUAUGCCUGGGGCCCUCCCAGCAUGCAGUGCAGGCUCUGUGCAUCUUGCUGGGUUUACUGGAAGAAGUACGGGGGGCUGAAGACCCCCACGCAGCUGGAAGGCGCAGUCCGGGGCAGCUCGGAUGACGCGCCCAGGAGCCAGCUCACCCCCCCGGAGAUGCAGGACAUGUCUCCAUGUCUCAGCGCCAACCGUGCAAAGCUCCUGGCCAAGAACAGGCAGACGUUCCUGCUGCAGGCCUCGGGGCUGACGCGGGUGGCCCGGCGGCUCUGCCAGGACGUGCUGAGACCCCGGCGGGCAGCGCGGCGCCCCUACGCCCCUGUGAGCGCCACCACGCUCCGGACCGAGUGUAUGGCCAGGCUUCCCAAAGCCCCCAAGGGACUGCUGAAGACCAAACCCGCCAAAACCCGGCCUGCCCUGGCGACCGUAGUCAAGGAACUUGCCCUUCAGGCCCCUCAGAGGCUGAAGCCCCCCAGGGGCCCACCAGUGCCCAUCAACCGCAACCAGUCUGGGCAGCCGCGGGCCGCCGCCAGUCUUCUGGGCAAGAGGCCGCUCGACGCCCUGCCCAGUAACGGCAGGGCGUCGGCCCCGAGUGUGCAGAGCACCGGCCAAUCCGUGAUCAAGAGGCAGAAGGUCAACAACGGAGACUCCCCCAACCCCGUGGUCUUCGUGGCCACCAAAGACACGAGGGCCCUGCGGAAGGCCCUCAACCAGGGCGACAUGCGGCGUGCGGCCAGGAAGCCGCACCUGCUGGUGAAGCUGAAGGCGGCGGCCGUGCCGGUGCUGGCGGCCGUGUCCAGUGAGCCCAUCGUGCUGGAGGACUGAGUCCGGCCCGAGUCCGGCCCACGGUGUCGCGGCUCUCACAACGCCAUCAUUACUCACGUUUUUUUCUGAGUUUUUACUUGCUCAAAUCCCCCCCCCCCCCCAAACUCUGGGACGUGUCGGACCUCACCAUGUAUCUUACUGCCAGUGGGGUCUGAUCCAUUCUGUUCUGACGUGAGAAGGCCAGGGUGUCUUCCCUGAUCCCGCCACACGGGGGCGCCCUCACCUAAUACCCCAGCCUGGCAGUUACUCUCUUUUCUUUGUUUCUGGUUCACUUGCCUCAAGGUUUACUCAGGUGCAUGCGGCUUGUCCGGAAAAGCGACGAUGGUAUUGAUGUCAACAGCAGCCUCUAAUAGACGAUGUUGUGUGUCUUUGCCUUGAUCUGGCUUCACCCCUGUAGAAAGUUCCGUGUUCGUGGUCGUAGAUGUGGGACGUGUGCCAGUGAGUGUGCGUCUCAGCCUUGGCGCUGGCCCACGCCUGGCAUCAGGAUGGCAAAUAGUCUCCUUUCCGAUCUCCAAGUCCCUGAUCAGCUGGUUUUCCAUGAUUGAGCCGAAACGUUCGGUAGAGGUGUUGGAUUUUUUUCAAAAAUUUUUUUUGUUAUUGUGAUUGAUUGUUUAAUAAUAGUUCGAGAUGGAAAAUGAAGUUUAAAAACUUUGGUUUAUAAAACAAAUUUUGUGUUAAUACACAAUCUUGAGUUGCAAACUCCUCUUUAAAAAAAUGUUAGUGCCCAUUUUCUCUGUUUUUUAGUGGGAUUGUUUUGUUUUUGUUUUUUUUUUUUUUACAAGCCAUCUUGUUCCUGAUUGUGUGCGUGUGUGUGUGUGUGUGUGUGUGUGUGUGUGUGUGUGUGUGUGUGUGUGUGUGUGUGUGUGCUCGCUCGGCUCCAGUACACACUCCCCUCCUCCGGUUGCUGCUGACCCUGUCAGGGCCACCAGAGGGCGCUCUACCAGAGCAAGGCUCCCUCCCAUCUGGACAGGCGGCUGGUAAUCCUGGCCUGGUUUACUGCUCAUUACUAGUAGGGUUCUGCUCUUUUCAGGGAAGAAAAAAAAAAGUUUGACUUUUGUACGUUGUAAAGAGAUUCAACAAUCAAUUUUUUGAAAAUGUUUUUGUAUUCUCCGGACCAAUAAAUGUCUACAAGUUAA